UUAUACAAACGAGGAGCGAUGUGAGUGAGCACCGCUGCUUUGUCCCGGACCCCCCCGUGUCCCAACCUCCCCGUCCGCUCAGGAUGGACCCGAGGAGAACAGAACCGGACCGCCACAUCGACACCAACCCGGUCACGCUGUACGGGGAAUUCACGAGCACAGGUAACCGAAAAGUCCGAUGCGCCGUGAGCCUGACCGACAAGGACCUCAUCGUCCAGCGGCUGUCAUCGGCACCUGUCGGGCGGAACAAGGUGGUGCUCAGCCUGAGGGACUGCGUCGGUAGCCGCGCGUACCGGGAGGAUGACAAUGCGGACCAGGCGGCGUACUUCACGGCAUACUUCUACCCGCUCAAGAGGCGCUGGGUGAGUUCCGGGGUCUCGCGGCAGAGAGUGGAGCAGGGCUUUCGGCUCGCGGCUCUCCAGGACCCGCGCGCGAACCUGGAAGAGGCUGAGAAGUGGGCUCGUGCUGUCCGAGAGCGCUCUGCCCGGCAACGGUAUCUAAGAGACGGCGUGUUGAUGAGUGAGUUGUCUUGUCCGUGUCGAAUGAUGCUGCUGGUGAAUCCACAGAGCGGGAAAGGACAGGCGCUCACUCUCUACAACAACCAUAUCCAGCGAAUGCUCAAUGAGGCCGGAGUCCCUCACACUCUGGUGAUCACUGAGCGGCAGAACCACGCCAGGGAGUUGAUGAGGGAGGCCGACCUGUCACAGUGGGACGCUAUCGUCAUCAUGUCAGGAGACGGACUUCUGUUUGAGGUAAAGAGAUGAUGAUGAUGAUGAUGAUGGCCACGACACCCU